UAUGCAAGUAUGUAUGUUAAUAUAUUUUUCGUUUGCUCUAUGUCCGGUUGUUUGUGCGUAUGUCUGUAUUUGUUAGCAUUCGUUUAGAUUCGUGUUUUUGUUGUAUUGCUUGCUCGUAUCUCUAUGACUUGCAAAGUGUGUUAAAAAGGCAUGGCUUACGACUGCAGCAUCGUAAGCAGUGUUUAGUCUUCGAUAACGAGUUCAACGUGUAUGGCAUAAAGCGGAACAAAAGAAAAUACAUAGAAAACAAAUAGAACAAACAAAAGUGUAAAGCAAAAAAAUAACGGUUUAAUAUAAAAAAGAGAACAAAUUUAAAGUUAGUUUACUUUGUAGUUUUGUAAUCAAAAGAUUUAAAACACAAAAGAAAAGUGUGAACAGCAGCCACAUCCACAACAAACUAAGCAAAAAAGUGAGGUGAUAAUUAAAAAAAUUAUAAGAUAAAAAGAUAAAUAAGAAAAAUUAAUAAUAAAACUAAAACAUAGUAUUAAAAGAAAAUAAUUAUCGGCUCAAAACUGUGCUUGCAUAAUUUUUAAACACAACUUAAGCGAAUAGCAGAACAUAAGGAAAACAACGCCCCUUUUAAAAAUACCCUCAAAAAACAUAAAUAUUUAAUAGAAAUUGCAGAAAAUUUGUAAAAAUAACAAAAGAUAAAACUACAAAAAAACAUUUAUUAAGAUAAACAUAUAGAAUAACCAUAACAAAGUGAAAAAUAAAAAUAACAAAAACAAUAAGACAUUUAAAACUCCCUGAUCUGCCUUCAAUCACUCCUCUUUUUGACACAUCAUUAAAGAGAUAAACACAGAAAUAACGGUACUCUUGUAGUAAAAGUAUAAAAAAUCAACAAAACAAAAACAACAAAGAUUCUAUAAUGUCACUAUUGAUAAAAAAUAAUAAUAAAAAAUCAUCGUUGUCGUCAACAUCGACUAAAACAAAAACAACAAUUGCUGGUGCUGCUGGUUUAACUCGUACAAGAGCCAUAACAUUACACAAAUAUCCAACAAUAAAAGCGGCAGCAACAACAUCAAAUACAACAACAACAGUACCAUUGUUAUCACCAUCAUCUGUGGUGGAGGCCACAUCAAAUGUUGAUGCUGUCUCGUCUUCUUCAUCUUCAGCAGAGAUUUCUUUGUUUUCUUUGAUGGAACAGCCAGUUGAACUAGAAAAACUAACAACCGCAACAUCAUCAGCAGCAUUAGCAACAUCAGGAUCUGGCAGAAAAGUAUUUAGGACAAUGCCAUCAUUUAAAAUCAUGAGUUAUCAGAAUUUUAUUGCCUUGUUAACUGUUCUGGUAUGUGGCCUUGUUACUGUAAAUGGACUCAAGUGUUACAUGUGUGGCCAAUAUAAUGAGGGUGUUGGUUCCAUCACACCUUGCCUCAAUUAUUCCGAACAGUAUGCUCAUCUCUAUUUGAAGGAGUGCUCAAAGAAGAGCGAAAAAUAUUGUGUGAAAUAUGUAAGCGAACUCUCAAUUGUACGAGAUUGUGCUACUGAAUGUGCUGAAAAAGAAAUCUGGGAAACUCAAACCUAUUGCUGUACCGAAGAUGGCUGCAACGGUUCAAACACCAUAGAGGCCUCUGCCUACGUUAUAAUGUUGCCCUUGUUUAUUUAUAUAGUCAAUGAAAUUAUGAAUGUAAUCAAACAGCAGCGUCGUUAAAAUGAAACUUUUUUUUACUUUAAUUUAUAAAACACGAUAAAUUUAUGUAUGUUUUAAACAAACAACUUUUUUUAUGUUUAAUAUUAUUUUCUAAAUUUGAACUCAAAAACCACAAAAAAAUCUACUUUAUAAGGGACCUAAAACAAGAAAUGUUAUUAAUUUAAGUUUUAAUUUAAUUAUAACUUUGUUUUCUGUUUGUUUUUUGACUUUUAAGAUUUAUUUUGAAACAAAAAAUUGUUUAUAAAAAUUUCUUUCAAUUUUUAAAACUGAAAAACAAAACAACUUUUUGAACAGUCUUCCCAGCUAAAUAAAAAAUUCAAGAAUGUAAUUAAGCAAUAGUAAGGCCGUGUUAAACGUGUUAAACAGGCAUGCCAGGGUUUAAGAUAAAACCAAGAGAAAAACAUAACGAUAAAUAAAUUUAGAGAAAUUAUAAUAAAAAAAUCAUGAACAAAACAAAAAUUCUAAAAUUUUAUUAACAAUUUACAACAAGAAAAAUAAAUAAGUAAAUUAUAUAAUUAUAAAGUAUUUAAUGAAAAAAACAAAAAUGAAAAAAUUGAAACAUACAUAUAAAUAUUUAAUUCAAAAAACAUAGAGAUUUCAGUCAUUACUUUAAACAGUGAGUGUCUAAUGUUGUUUGUUGAUUUAAAGAAUUUUUAAUUUCAAAAUAUUUAUUCAAAUUUAGUUUUGGAUUUUUAUAAUUUAUUAGGAUUUAAUUUCUGGGUUUAAGAUUUAAAAGUUUUAAAUUGAUUUCAGUUCUAAAUUUCAAACUAUUUGAAGUUUUUAUUUUAGGUCACUCAUUGUUUAAAAUUGUUAUAAAAACAAAUUAUUAACUACAUAUUACUUUAUAUAUAAAAUCAUUUAUAUUAGAACAUCAUAAUCAAAUAAUUACUUUACAGACAAAUCAUUCUGAAUUUCAAAUUUUCAAGGUUUUAUUCAAAAACAUAAAUGAAAAAUCUGAAUUAAAAGUUGUUAUUUGUUGACACUGGAUACAUUCCACAGUGAAUGUCAAAAUCACUCACUAGAAAAUGAUAGCAAAUUAAGGUGUCUGCUUACAACUUUCUGUGAUUCAGAUAGAGAUACUACUGUAAAUCACGACUUUAAACAUUCUUAUUCAAAAUGUUUAUUUGUGUUGGAAUAUGACCUUUAACCUUUAUUCUAUAAAAUUCUGUUCAACUUUUAUAUUACUUAAGUUUUAGUGAAUAUUUUUGUAAAAUUUUAAAAUUUCAUUUAAAAAAUAUGCUGCAAUAUACUGAUUCACAUAAGUUGUUUAAUGGGGUAAUUGUGGACUGGUAUAUUCCGGGUAAUAUUUAACAAUUUUUACUUAAUUUAUUCAAUUAGAAACUUUUUGAUUUAAGAGAACCACAAGCUAAAACCAUUAAAAACAAUUAAAAUAAAUAAAAAACUAAAAAAUGAAAAACUGCUAAAUAGAUUAAAAAAAAAAAUCCAAUUAAAAAAGAAACCUUUAAGUAGAUUUUCAAUUGAUAGCAAUUAAACGUAUUUAAAUAAAAAAUCUUUAAAAAAAGCAACGAAACUAUGUUAAAAAAUUAAAAAAAUCCAAAUGCUACACCCGAAGAAAAAAGUUGAUCGUUAACAAUAGAAAACUAAAAGAAGAAAAACUUAUAUAUAAAAAAAAUCUCAAAGAAGGCAACAAACAUAUUAAAA